GAAACAGCAGGAGAGAAGGGGAGAGGAAAAGAAAAUAGAAAAGCUUACUCUUUUUCUCUUCUUUCGCCUUCCUCCCUUUCUCAUCUCUCUGUAAUUUCAUCAGUUUAUCUGUAGGCGUAACCUUCAUUCUCUCUCUCUCGAUAAUAAAAAAAGGUAGUAAAUUUGUCCUUCUCUCUCUAAGGAUUUUCACACUCACAUUCAUUCCUUGCUUCCUCCUUUAUAUCACGAGAUCCCCAUCCUUCUCGUUUUUUCUUCUCUCCUUUUCUUCUUGAUGUCUUCCUCAAAGCUUCUGGCUCUAUGUUUCUCUGUCUUUGCAUAUGCUAGAAGGCCUCGCUGUGGUUUCAUUUGAAGGCAUUGCCCAGACAUAACAAGACUAGGGGAAUAGAAAUAGGACAGAGAGCUCGAAGACGAAGACAUUGUUGGGGAAAGAAGAGUUGAGCCCUGUGUUGUUUGGUUAGUGUGAAAAUGUCGCAUUCUGGGAAGCCCGAUUCUGAGCUAGGGUUAGCCGCUCUCCGCGAUCGAUUUCGCGACUCCCUGAGCUGCGAGGCGAACAAGCCGGACUUUCGCGAGCUCGAUCUAGGGUCGCCGGUUUCGCCAUUGCGGACCCGUCAGAGUGGACCUGCUGCCAGUGGACUCACCACUACUACCAGUAGCAGUUCCAGUUCAUCUGGAUCGGUUUCUGGGCGAAAUGGGUACAACCCGGCCUCGAAAAGAUCCGAUACUGGUGCGAACAACCACUCCGGUGAGCUUUCUGGUUCCAGCGAGAGCAGCCCUACUGCCGCUGAGAGCCUUCGAUCUGGGGGGAAUGCCAGAAACUUCAAACCGGGCCACGCAAGAUCCGAUGCCGGAACCACCCCACCUUUAAUCUAUUCGGGUCAAAGCUCUUCCGUCACAUCACCGGCGUUGAAUGUUCUUCCUACCGGCAAUAUCUGUCCGUCUGGGAAGAUUCUGAAGACGGGCAUGGCGUCUAAUCGGACCUCCAGGACGGACGUUUUGGGCUCCGGUACGGCCAAUUAUGGUCACGGAAGCAUAAUGCGGGGCGGUGGAACACCUAAACACACUGUCGGAGAGGCGGCAAGUAUGGCAAACGCCAGGGCAACUGGUGGUGUCGGUUUCAAAGAACCGUUCAAGAAAGCGGCGGCAGGUUUGGAUCCAGAAGAGAUAAAGAGAGCGGGGAACGAGCAGUACAAGCGGGGUAACUUCACAGAGGCAUUGAAUCUUUACGAUCGGGCAAUUGGACUGUCCCCAGGUAAUGCCGCCUACCGGAGCAACCGUGCGGCUGCAUUGACAGCAUUGGGUCGGUUGACUGAGGCGGUGAGGGAAUGCGAGGAGGCUGUGAGAUUGGAUUCUAAUUAUGGAAGAGCGCACCAGCGUCUCGCUUCUCUUUUUCUCCGGUUAGGACAGGCUGAGAAUGCGAGGAAGCACCUAUUUAGUCAUGGGCUGCAGCCGGAUCCUUCUGAGUUGCAGAAGCUGCAAUCGGUGGAGAAGCAUAUCAACAAAUGUACUGAUUUUCGAAGGAUUGGUGAUUGGAAAAGUGUCCUCCGGGAAGUUGAUGCCGCUGUUGCUGCUGGAGCAGACUCUUCUCCUCAACUCUUUAUGUGUAGAGCAGAAGCCCUUUUAAAGCAACACCAAAUUGAUGAUGCCGAAUUGAUUCUGUCAGCUAUUCCAAAAGCAGGAUCACAUUCUAAAUCGUCAUCUCAGGCAAGGUUUUUUGGGAUGCUUUCUGAAGCUUAUUCUUUCUUUGUUAGAGCUCAGAUUGAGAUGGCUUUGGGAAGGUUUGAGAAUGCAGUUACAGCUGCUGAGAAAGCUGGCCUGAUUGAUCCCCGGAACGUUGAAGUUGCUGUUUUGCUCAGCAAUGUUAGGAUGGUAGCUAGAGCUCGAGCUCGUGGUAAUGAUCUUUUCAAAUCUGAAAGGUUCACUGAAGCGUGCUCUGCAUAUGAGGAAGGUUUAAGGCUGGACCCUUCAAAUGCUGUUCUCUAUUGCAAUAGAGCUGCCUGCUGGUUUAAGCUUGGGCAAUGGGAAAGAUCAAUUGAAGACUGCAAUCAAGCUUUACACAUCCAACCAAAUUACACAAAAGCACUUCUUCGAAGGGCAGCCUCAAACAGCAAGCUAGAAAGGUGGGAAGAAGCAGUCAAAGAUUAUGAGGUCUUACGAAGAGAACUUCCAGAUGACAAUGAAGUUGCUGAAGCACAUUUCCAUGCGCAUGUUGCAUUGAAGAAAUCUCGUGGGGAAGAAGUUCACAAUUUGAAAUUUGGUGGUGAAGUGGAAGGAGUGUCUGGUCUUGAUCAGUUUAGGGCUGCAAUUUCUUUACCAGGUGUGUCUGUUGUUCAUUUUGAAAUUGAAUCUGAUUCGCAAUGCAAACAGUUAUCACCAUUCGUGAACACACUUUGCAGUCGAUAUCCUUCUGUUAACUUUCUCAAGGUUGAUAUUCAAAAAAGCCCAGCUAUUGCAGCCGCUGAGAAUGUUAGGUUGGUUCCAACUUUCAAGAUCUACAAAAAUGGCAGCCGUGUGAAGGAAAUUGUUUGCCCCAGCCGUGAUAUGUUGGAACACUCUGUGAGGCACUACAGCACUUAGAACUCAUUAUUUGUACUGCUUCCAUGCCUGCCUAAAGCAUUUUGUUUGUGCUGCCAAAUUCCCCUGUUGAACUUCAUCUCCGCAGUUCUUCCAGUCUUUUGAUCCCAUCCCAGAAAUGAUCACCCGGAAUCUGUGACAUAGUCGGAGCCACAUGAUAAUAAUCUUUUUUAGUGGCCAAUGCUGCCACCAGCACCCAGAGAGAGUUUAGGUUCCUUUUGCGGUUUUUAUUCAUUCAUUCAUUCCUCAAUACUUUCUCUGGCUCCAUGUUCCUCCCUUCUCCCUUUUGUCUAUUUCCUUUUUCUUCCCUCUCCUCUUCAGUUAUGUAGGUCAGCUGUUCUUGUAUCCCUAGUUUCAUUCUGAUCCAGAAAGGAGGAAGAUUUUUAUUUGUAUGUACACUUGAUUCAAUUGGGAGUUUAAUUACCUUUAA